AGCGCCUGCCCGAAAAAGAGAAUUUGAUGUCCUUUUAUUUUGCAUUUUGUAGUAGAUGUAGAAGAAGGGAAAUCUUAGGCAGCUCGCCGAAUAGAUUCAAAUCAUCAGUAAAUGUAGAAGAAGUAGCUCUAUUUGGUGGAAUAGAUACGUGUGCAUUUAUACUCAUACUAGAUCAACAACAAGAACAGAUUAGUCGUCGAUUGGAGUUGUAAAAAACGCAGCGCAACAAACUCUACAUCGCAACAAGUGUGUCUGCUCGAAAAAGAUGAGUAUGGAUUUGGCCUACAUUUCGUCUUUGUUUGGGAAGCGGGUCAUGGUACCUCCGUCAACAGGUGCAACUAGUCACGCUGCUUCGGCUGUAGGAGCGGCUGGAAGUGUAGUCGCUGCUGGAGGAGGUACUUAUUCUGUUUCACUCAGUGAAUAUCAAGAUUGAGAUCAUGGACGAGCAGAGAGAUCAAAUUGAUGGAGACCAAAUGUAACGCCUGUGAGAGAUGAAAGUUUUUAUUUUCAGCAUUUUUCUUUUAUGAUACUCAACGUCAUUGACAAUAUCAAUAUCUUGAACAUCUUCUAUUCAUGCUUGCUCCUUCCCUUUUACCACCUUGCCUCUUGUUUAGCUUUGAAAUUGCAUCCCAAAAUAACAGCAACGGCGUCAAGCACGACUUUGUCUUCAAAGACAGCUGCUGCAUUCGCACCACCAACUCGUGGAACGAGUGGCUCCUUAUCGAUGACUGGCGCUCCAACUUUUCGUUGUGUUCCUACUGUAACUGGAUUUUAUCAGCCGUUACCGCGACCUGAUGGUUACCGAGUACAGACCGUCUGUCCAGCAUUUAGAAGACCAGAAACAGCCAAUAUUCUACGACAAGAUGGAACCUUUACUGAAGUAGUAGGUGGAGGUGCUGACACAACCACCGGCACCGCAUCUUCCUCCUCUUCCUUGUCUUCUGGAGGAGGUGCAACAGCCAGCACGACAAGAUCUGGUAUUGCUGGUGCAGAAGCAGGAGGAGCUGGUGCAAAUGCCUCUACUUCUAGUAUAGCAGGAGGAGCGUCAGGUGCAACAAUAACAACUUCAGAAGGAGACGGCGAACUAGAUCUGAGAAAUCCAGCGCUUUACAGCAAGUUCGACCAAGAUGGAUUUCCGACCCACGAUAGGAACGGAGAAGAAUUGACCAAGAACCAGUAUAAGAAAGUGCGCAAGCUGAUCGAACAGGAGCGCAAGAAACAAGCGAAGAAGAAGUAAAGUAGAUGUGAGAAGAUUAUUAGUUCGUCGUGAUGAGGUCGUGGUAGAAGUAGAAAAUUCUUGUGACUUCUACGCGAAAUGGAGUUUUUUACGUAAUAUCUUGCGACUGGCACAGCAACACAACAGGUGCUAUUCGUCCUUGACAUGAAGAAACUACGAAACCCGUGCUUCUUCAGAUUGAGACCCAGAGGCCCCUUCUGAAUUUUGUUGCCUCUUAUACUAUUUACAGUACUUAGACGUUGAUGCCGUAAAUCCAAGCCCAAGUAGACUGGUCGAGGUUACAGUUGUACUUAAACCUUGAUGCCGUAAAUCCAAGUAGACU